UGCCAAAUCGUUCUGUGGUCAUGUCAUCAUUUGUAGCUAUCUUCACCAGAAGAGCAUUGUGACGAUUGUGACAUAGCGAUCAUCAUAGUACAGACAGGCGAUCAUAGCAUAUUUGUGAUUGUGAUUUUUGUGUUUGUUUGUUAGAAGUCCAUUUUGUUUUAAAUGUUUUUGUUUAUUUAUAUUUCAAAUUAAAUACAUUCGUUCAGUUUAUAUAAUAGCUUUAGAUAUGGAAUUUAAAGUAGAGAUUAAAGAAGAGUGUAUUGAAUAUAACCAAAAAGAUAUAGAGAGCCAGCUAUCAACAUCCAUAGAUCUGGAAACCUUCAAAAAUGAAAAGGAAGAUAAUUCAGAAAUGGGACUAAAAGCUGAAAUCAAGGAAGAGGUUGCAGAUGGUUGUCCAGAAUAUAUAGAGAGUCAACUAUGUACAUCCCAAGAUCUUGAAGACUUGGUUAAAGCAGAUGAAGUUAACUCAGGUUUUCCUCGGAACGGAAUGGAAAUCAUGAAAACUGAACUUGAAUGCCCUACAGAACAACAAAUAAAUGCAAACACUGAAGAAACAUCAUCAAAAAAUUCUAUUUGUGAAUGUAAAAUUUGUUUUAAGCAAUUUAGUCAAGCAGGUUCUUUGAAACGACAUAUAAAAACGCACACUGCAGAAAAGUUUAAUAAGUGCGAAAUUUGUUUUAAAUAUUUUUCUCAGAAACAUCAUUUAAUGAAUCAUUUAAGAUUGCACACUGGAGAAAGGCCUUACAAGUGUAAAAUUUGUUUUAAACAGUUCAGUCGAGCAGGUAGUUUGAAAUUACAUUUGAGAGUGCACACUAAAGAAACUCCUUACAAGUGUGAAAUCUGUUUUAAGCACUUUACUUAUAAACUUUCUUUGGAUGUGCAUAUGAAAGUUCACACUGGAGAAACGCCUUAUAAGUGUGAAAUUUGUUUUAAACAGUUUAAUUACAAAAGCAAUUUGAAAGUGCACAUGAAAAUUCACACUGGAGAAAAGCUUUACAAGUGUGAAAUUUGUUUGAAGCAGUUUACUCAAAAAUCUUCUUUAGAUGUACAUGCGAAAGUUCACACUGGAGAAAAGCCUUACAAGUGUGAAAUUUGCUUUAAACAGCUUAGUACAAAAACUAAAUUAAAAAUACAUUUGAGAGUGCACACUGAAGAAACGUCUUACAAGUGUGAAAUUUGUUUUAAGCAGUUUGCCACAGCGUCAGAUUUGAAAAGUCAUUUGAGAGUGCACACUGGGGAAAAGCCUCACAAGUGUGAAAUUUGUUUUAAACAGUUUAAUUACAAAAGCAAUUUCAAAGUGCACAUGAAAAUUCACACUGGAGAAAAGCUUUACAAGUGUGAAAUUUGUUUGAAGCAAUUUACUCAAAAAUCUUCUUUGGAUGUACAUACGAAAGUUCACACUGGAGAAAAGCCUUACAAGUGUGAAAUUUGCUUUAAACAGCUUACUACAAAAACUAAAUUUAAAAUACAUUUGAGAGUGCACACUCGACAAACGCCAUACAAGUGUGAAAUUUGUUUUAAGCAGUUUGCCACAGCGUCAGAUUUGAAAAGUCAUUUGAGAGUGCACACUGGAGAAAAGCCUCACAAGUGUGAAAUUUGUUUUAAACAGUUUAAUUACAAAAGCAGUUUGAAAGUGCACAUGAAAAUUCACACUGGAGAAAAGCUUUACAAGUGUGAAAUUUGUUUGAAGCAGUUUAUUCAAAAAUCUUCUUUGGAUGUACAUACGAAAGUUCACACUGGAGAAAAGCCUUACAAGUGUGAAAUUUGCUUUAAACAGCUUACUACAAAAACUAAAUUUAAAAUACAUUUGAGAGUGCACACUGGACAAACGCCAUACAAGUGUGAAAUUUGUUUUAAGCAGUUUGCCACAGCGUCAGAGUUGAAAAGUCAUUUGAGAGUGCACACUGGAGAAAAGCCUCACAAGUGUGAAAUUUGUUUUAAACAGUUUAGUUACAAAAGGAAUUUGAAAGUGCACAUGAAAAUUCACACUGGAGAAAAGCUUUACAAGUGUGAAAUUUGUUUGAAGCAGUUUACUCAAAAAUCUUCUUUAGAUGUACAUACGAAAGUUCACACUGGAGAAAAGCCUUACAAGUGUGAAAUUUGCUUUAAACAGCUUACUACAAAAACUAAAUUAAAAAUACAUUUGAGAGUGCACACUGGAGAAACGCCAUACAAGUGUGAAAUUUGUUUUAAGCAGUUUGCCACAGCGUCAGAGUUGAAAAGUCAUUUGAGAGUGCACACUGGAGAAAAGCCUCACAAGUGUGAAAUUUGUUUUAAACAGUUUAAUUACAAAAGCAGUUUGAAAGUGCACAUGAAAAUUCACACUGGAGAAAAGCUUUACAAGUGUGAAAUUUGUUUGAAGCAGUUUACUCAAAAAUCUUCUUUGGAUGUACAUACGAAAGUUCACACUGGAGAAAAGCCUUACAAGUGUGAAAUUUGCUUUAAACAGCUUACUACAAAAACUAAAUUAAAAAUACAUUUGAGAGUGCACACUGGAGAAACGCCAUACAAGUGUGAAAUUUGUUUUAAGCAGUUUGCCACAGCGUCAUAUUUGAAAAGUCAUUUGAGAGUGCACACUGGAGAAAAGCCUCACAAGUGUGAAAUUUGUUUUAAACAGUUUAAUUACAAAAGCAAUUUGAAAGUGCACAUGAAAAUUCACACUGGAGAAAAGCUUUACAAGUGUGAAAUUUGUUUGAAGCAGUUUACUCAAAAAUCUUCUUUAGAUGUACAUGCGAAAGUUCACACUGGAGAAAAGCCUUACAAGUGUGAAAUUUGCUUUAAACAGCUUACUACAAAAACUAAAUUAAAAAUACAUUUGAGAGUGCACACUGGAGAAACGCCAUACAAGUGUGAAAUUUGUUUUAAGCAGUUUGCCACAGCGUCAUAUUUGAAAAGUCAUUUGAGAGUGCACACUGGAGAAAAGCCUCACAAGUGUGAAAUUUGUUUUAAACAGUUUAAUUACAAAAGCAAUUUCAAAGUGCACAUGAAAAUUCACACUGGAGAAAAGCUUUACAAGUGUGAAAUUUGUUUGAAGCAGUUUACUCAAAAAUCUUCUUUGGAUGUACAUACGAAAGUUCACACUGGAGAAAAGCCUUACCAAGUGUGAAAUUUGCUUUAAACAGCUUAAUACAAAAACUAAAUUAAAAAUACAUUUGAGAGUGCACACUGAAGAAACGUCUUACAAGUGUGAAAUUUGUUUUAAGCAGUUUGCCACAGCGUCAGAUUUGAAAAGUCAUUUGAGAGUGCACACUGGGGAAAAGCCUCACAAGUGUGAAAUUUGUUUUUAACAGUUUACUCGAGCAUCGGAUUUGACAAGUCAUUGAGAGUUCACACUGGAGAAAAGGCUCACAAGUGUGAAAUUUGUAUAAGGCAAUUUGCUCGAGCAUACGAUUUGAAAACUCAUUUAAGAGUGCACACGGGAGAAAAGCCUUACAAGUGUAAAAUUUGUUUUAAACCGUUUACUCGAGCAAAUAGUAUGAAAUUACAUUUGAGAGUGCAUACUGGAAAAAAGGCUUAUAACUGAGAGCAAACGUCAUUUGAGAGUUCACACUGAAGAAAAACCAUACAAGUGCGAAAGGACCCCGCAACACUUCUUUUGUAAAAGU